AUGUCAAAGUCACUCAAUUCGCCCACAGCGCGACUGCUGCAGUCGUCGCGACUCUUCUCAUUGCCACGACCACUACCACAGCCAGCAUUAGAGACGGUGACAUCGACUGGCAUAUAUCGUGCAUCCGAAACGGCGACUCUCCCAUAUCCAACACAACAAGCCAUUACCACACCGGCAUCAUCACAGUUCCGCGGGGACUUCGGUCUAAAGCGCCCUUUACCCUCGAAAGCCAUCAAGGGACGACCGCACCUCCGCAUCAGGGCGCAAGACAACAGUGCACACAUUACUGACUUCGAGAGUGCAUUGAACCAUACGCAGACCCAGGCGAAAUGGCAGCAGAUGGGUGCGCCCUUGUUAAUCAAGGGGAAGCGGGACACCUUUACGAACAACAACAAGUCAAUUACCAGUGUCUACGAUGCAACCGUCGACAACACAGAUCGAGAGGCUGUAAGGCUGGCCAUGUUCCAGUCUAGUGAUGCCUCAUCGCAAUCAAGGAGGAAUGGAGUGCCCUCUAGCCAGCCACAGGCGACGAAGAGGUGGAAGUAUGGUGGACCGUGGAUAACGGGCAUGCAGGAGGGACAGUUUGCAACGUGGUUGAGUCGCUCAGGUCUACAGGAACGCAAGAAGGAGUUCCGUACUUUUUUGAUCCAGCGCAUGCUUGAACGUCGGGUUCGAAAUGAGGAGAGAGUACUACGAGAACAGGGCGAGCGACGAGCACUCUCUGCCGCUCAAAAGGAGACCUUCCGGGCUGAGAUCGAGUCGAACUAUGACACAGAGCUCAAAAGGCUUCGUGACGAGCAUGAGAUACAGUUUCUUGGGUCUGAGAUGACGGCUGCCAUCUGCGACUUCUUAGAUCUACCAGGUAUUCGAGGCCAAGUUGGGGCCGGGGAUAUUGCUGCGACCUCCGCUCUGCAAGACGAGCUCACAUCAGGUCUGGGCGCAAGCGACAGUGGGCCGCCAUCGACACAUCCAGGAGCUGGUCUUGGACAUGUACGAAGCAACGCGGUGAUGGAGAACCACCCCUUCUGGGGACCCCAGGCAUAUGCUUCACCUGUACUUGCUCGUGUAGUGACACCACGCAACAACUACCAGGGCAGCAGGUAUCAGGCGAUGAUUGGUGUUGGAGGUGUCGUGACAAACGACCCUGUCGGUAACAGUGGCCGUCAGGACAGGAGGCAUGUUGCACCAACCGAAUACAACGAGGAAAACAUUCCCGAGCAGUACCUGGACACUGAUCGAAUGACAACCGUUAUCGACACAGACCUACCGGGCGGUAACAAGACCUGGGUACAUCCACAGACCGCACACAUCGACGAGCGAGGUCGGAUACGCCUUGAUGUUGGCAGAGGCGACCAAGAGGCAAUCGCCGUGAAGAGGAACAAGGUUGAGCCUAUUCACGAGGCAAGAAGUGCAAGCUCGCGCGGUCCAGCGCCUUACGCGCCUCAGGCUUCGAUUGCCAACUUUGGCACUGCACUGCCUGAUAUGAGGCGUGCGGGACCCGCUCGCUCGUUGACUACAGGCUUCGAUGAACAGGUUCCUCAAAGGCCACGGCGAGAAAGCGAAACCGCGGCGAAAAUCAGAGAACUUCUUGGCAAUGCACCGAAGAGGUAG